AUGGCAGUUGGCUUAGAAGAUGAUCUGUAUGCUGGAGAUGGAUUAACUAUUGGAUUAAUGGCUAUGGAGAAACAAGUGCUUAUCGAGAUCCUUCGACGAUACACCAUUUUCAUACAUCGUGAUCAUGUGCAAAUUCCUAUCGACUCAGAUGAUGCAAGUUGGAAAGAGAGAUGCAGCAGAAGGAUGAAAGAAUUGGAGAAAAGACAGUUCCAAAGUCAAGAUGCGGCUUCAGAACUACUGCAUAAGGAUCUAGUUGGGAGGAAAAAAGUUAUGGUUUCUGAGUUGUUGAACGCUGUUGUUGAAAAUGGAAACGUGGAUAACUUCGUUGACGAGUUGGAAAGAGUGUGUGAAGGAAGGAAAGUGCCUCUGAAAGGUGUUUUUGAUCAAGCUACCUGUGCUGGUGAUUCACUGCUUCAUGUGGCAGCAGAUAAGGGGAGAGAACGGAUUGCAGAGCUGAUUUGUUGUCACUUUCCUGAGCUUCUUAUCAAGAGAAACGUGAGAGGUGAUACUGCACUUCAUGUUGCUGUGAGGUCCAAGAACUCUACGAUAGUGAAGUUAAUUCUCUGCCAUUAUGCCAUUGAGAAAAGAAAGCAUGAUGGGAUGAGAGAUAAAGAGAUGACAAGAGAAAAGAAUGAGUUUGAGAAUACUCCUUUGCAUGAGGCUGUGUAUAGUGGGGAUGUUGGUGUGGUGAAAGAGAUUUUACAUGGAGAUAAAGAUGUGGUUCAUUGUUUGAACAAGUCAAGAAGAUCACCACUGUAUUUGGGUGUUGUGAAUGGGAAUGUGGACAUUCUUCAUCUUCUGUUGGAAGUUCCAUUCCCUGCUCAUCAACCUCUUCCACUCUGCUUUGGAAACUCUCCCCUUCAUGCAGCCAUAUUGGAAAGAAAGCCUGCUUUGAUAAAAGAAAUAUUGAAGAAAAAACCAGAGCUAGUUUAUUUAAGGGAUGAAGAUGAAGGUACUCCCCUUCAUUAUGCAGCUUACAUUGGUUAUGGUGAAGGAUUUCGAAUACUAUUAGAAAACUCAUUUCAGAAAUCAGAUCAAACUGUUUUUGAAGGAAACAAGAAGGGUCAUCUUCCUAUUCACCUUGCUUGCAAAAGGGGUCAUGUUAAGGUGGUAAAAAAAUUUCUUCAACACAAAUGUAACAUUCUUCAUGUUGCUGCGGAGAAUGGAAGAAGUAAAGUGGUACAAUAUCUGUUGGGAAAUUCGAAGAUUGAUCAAUCUACUAUAAAUCAAAAAGACAACAAUGGAAACACUCCACUGCAUUUGGCUUCAAUAAAUUUAUUUCCAAAAAUUCUAUACCUUUUCACACAAGACAAGAGAACUGAUUUGAAGCUUUCGAAUAACAGCGAUUUAACGGCUCAAGAUAUCAUUGGUCUGGCUAUGAAAGAGAAAAUCACGAUUCGAAAGUUUCUAGCAAGAAGAGUGUUAAAAGAAGCAGGUGUCCCCUCGAAGGUAAAUGAUAUGUUGAAUUCUCAACAUCAAGAACCACUGAAACUUUUGAGCUUAAAUGAUCUCCUCAACACAUUUUUAGUUGUGGCCACAUUGAUGGUCACAGUGACAUUUGCAGCUGCUUUCACUGUACCAGGAGGUGUAUACGGUCCUGAUGCCCCAAACCCAAAAAAUAGAGGGAUGGCAGUUUUGGCUGAUAAAGCAUUAUUCUGGGUAUUCACCACCUUCAACAUGACAGCUAUGUAUAGCUCUGUAAUUGCAUGUGGACUUAUGUUGAUGGCACUGAUUUUUGAUCAUAAAUUGGCAACACGAGCAACAAUCCUUGCAAUGGGUUGUUUGGUUUUUGCCUUUUUAACAGUCCCAGUGGCAUUCUUGGCUGCUGUACGUCUAGUUGUGGGUAACAAUUACGCGCUUGCCCUUCUCAUAACUGCCAUUGGAGUCAUGUAUAGUUUCAUCAUCUUGUCGGGUAUUUUUGCAUUUUUUCCAAUUGGAAUUCACCUUCUUUUAUUUCGUCAAGUUGGCAGAGUCGUUCUUCAUAUUAUAAUUGCAUUACUAGAUUAUGAUGAUAAGCCAAGAGAUUCGUCUUCUCAGAAAGAGAACAAGGACAAGAAUGAUUAG